GAACAGCCUACUCAUCCAUGUCUGUGAAACGACGAGACACCUCCCCUCGCAGUUCAACGCCAGCCCCCACAAUCCGUCUGUGCAGGAGGACUUUCUGUAUGUGAGGUUCUGCACGUAGCGUUCACGCGUUCAGGAAUCCAGCCCUUCUUACCGCUAGAUGGCCGACGAGGCAGAGACGUGCCAGAUAGGUUCGAGUUCCCUCAGUGUUCACCUCAACUGAUCCAGUCAGCGGACCGACGCGCAACGGGGACACACUUCUGACGCAGGAUGCUCGCGUUCAGGAUGGAGCUGCCGUGUUUAUGUUUACUGUUGCUGAGCUGUCUGCAGUCGCUGUCAGCCAGCCAUGACUUCUACACCUCCAUCGGCCAGAUGACAGAUCUGUUGUACACCGAAAAAGACCUCGUCACCUCUCUGAAGGACUACAUCAAAGCAGAGGAGAACAAGCUUGAGAAGAUCAAACGGUGGGCUGAUAAGUUGGACUUGUUGUCAGCCACAGCCGUACUGGACCCCGAGGGCUACCUGGGGCACCCGGUCAAUGCCUUCAAACUGAUGAAGAGGCUGAACACUGAGUGGGGCGAACUGGAGAGCCUGGUGCUCAGUGACACCACUGAUGGAUUUAUUUCCAACCUGACGAUCCAGAGACAGAACUUCCCCACGGAUGAGGACCAGACCGGGGCGGCGAAAGCUCUCCUCCGGUUACAAGACACCUACAGACUGGACGCCAACACUAUCUCUAUAGGAGACCUGCCUGGAGCGAAACACAAGAGCCUCAUGACAGUGGAGGACUGUUAUGAGCUGGGGAAGAUCGCCUACUCUGAUGUCGACUACUACCACACAGAGCUGUGGAUGGUACAGGCCCUGAAACAGCUCGACCGAGGAGAGGAGUCAACGAUGGAUAGGGUGACGCUGCUCGACUACCUCAGCUACUCCAUCUACCAGCAGGGGGACAUAGAGCGAGCCCUGGAGUUCACCAAGCAGCUGCUGGAACUGGACCCAGAGCAUCUGCGCGCCAAGGGCAACCUGAAGUACUUUGAGUUCCAGUUGGAGAAGCAGAAAAAGGCUGAUGAGGAGGACGUCACUAAAAAAGACAAGGAUGGAGGGAAAAGAGAAACGACUGUGAAGAAGAAGUCCAAAAAGAAGGUCGCAACUCCACAGGUCCCGGAGAGGAAGAAGUACGAGAUGCUUUGUCGUGGGGAGGGCAUUCGAAUGACCCCCCGCAGGCUGAGCCGGCUCUUCUGUCGUUACUUUGACAACCAUCACAACCCCAUGUAUGUGCUGGCACCUGUCAAGCAGCAAGAUGAGUGGGACCACCCCUACAUCGUCCGCUUCCUUGACAUCAUCUCCGACAAAGAAAUGGAGAGGGUCAAGCAACUGGCCAAGCCACGACUACGCAGGGCCACUAUCUCAAACCCCAUCACAGGAGUGCUGGAGACAGCGCCAUACCGGAUCAGCAAAAGUGCGUGGCUCACAGGCUAUGAAGAUCCAAUGAUUGACACGAUCAACCAGAGAAUUGAGGACCUCACAGGGCUGGAAAUGGACACUGCAGAAGAGCUGCAGGUCGCAAAUUAUGGCGUCGGAGGUCAAUAUGAGCCUCACUUUGACUUUGGAAGGAAAGAUGAGCCGGAUGCCUUUAAAGAGUUGGGCACCGGGAACCGCAUCGCGACGUGGCUCUUCUAUAUGAGUGAUGUAGCAGCAGGUGGCGCCACAGUAUUUCCAGAUGUCGGUGCAGCAAUUUAUCCCCAAAAGGGCAGCGCGGUGUUCUGGUACAAUCUGUUUCCCAGCGGGGAGGGAGACUACAGCACCCGGCAUGCUGCGUGUCCAGUGUUGGUCGGCAACAAGUGGGUAUCAAACAAAUGGAUCCAUGAACGAGGCCAGGAGUGGCGGCGGCCUUGUGCCUUGAAUGAAACUGACUGAUGGCAAAAAGAAAACCUCCUCUUCACCUCCUCGGCCCUCUAUCUCUCUCUCUCUCUUUCCUUCCUCCUUGUGAACCACCCAGGAACAAAGAACACUGCAGCAGAUCAGACACCAAACACGGGGUCCAACCGGCUCACUCCAUCUCCACAAGCACUCCCCCUUUUCUCCCCAGCCGUUCCGCUCUGAGCCCAGGGGUGGUUUUGGGUUCACGUCGAGCCGCUGGGCAGUUUUAGCAUCACGAUGACAGAUGACGUAUGUUCUUGUGAUUGCUGGAUGGUUUGGAGGAACUCCAAUGUGUCCGUCUUUGCACUCUGUUUGAACUCCUCUCUCUGAGGUUAUCCUUCAGCGGUGACUUGAGGGACCAGCUUCCUCCCCGUCAGUUUGAACCUCAAAGGAACAACUCACCUUCAUUAGCCCGACACAGAGCCAUCGGGCCCGUGCUGGUCUCGUUUUUUACAUUUUAAACUAUAGAAAUUCAUCGGGGUUGCACACUAUUUCUUUGUAAAAUGAUUGUCCACUUUAAAACCAGUUUAAUAUGUUUUUUAAUAAUGGCUUGUUCUCCAGAGGUAUUGAAUUAACGUGCAGCCGGUUCACUACAUGUCCUUUAAUUUCCUUCAUUCACAGGUUGUCGCAAAGUCUGCCUCCAAUAACUUUGUUUAAAAUGUAAAAAACAAAGUAAGUGCUUGGUGAAAGGAAUGAAAAGACAAACAAAAAAAACUGACAACAAUUGAGUGUAGUGUUUUGUUUUAUUUGAAAUAAUUUGUUAAGUCAGUUGUGUAGCUAAUCAGAACUGGUUAACAUCGCGUGGCGACAGCGGCGCGGUAUAUUUCCACAUGUCACAUAACGUGUUGGUCUGCCUCAAAGACGAGCGUUCUUAUAUUUUUAAGUCAUUUGAACGGUCACACAAUGAUAUAUUUUUAGAUGUGUUGUACUUGAACAUAGGGUGAUUACAAAUGCAUGGGCUCACUUAACACCUGGACACUGACAGUUACGUACCCCCCCCCCGAUAUAGAAUUCAGUAUGGUCUCAUCCUGAUUGUACCAGCGUUGUGUGACGACCCAAACGGCCACCAGAUGACGGCUGCCGCUGAAAUAGUAAGGAACCAUAGGAGUGGACAUUAGGAAAAAGGGAGAGUGGACUGGACACGCCCCAAUGCGCCAUGACAGGUUCAAAUACCCAGUUGUUUUAGAGUGACUGAUUCUGACAGGUUUCUAAUGGUGUCCAGUGCUUUUCAGUGAGGAAUAUAUGAAAUAUUUUAUUUAUAUGCCCCAAGACAAUUUUGUGUUAUUUUCUUGUCUUGAAUGAAAGUCUGAAAUUGUUUGUGUUUUUCUACAAUAAAGGCUGUUUUAUUGAUCUCAA